AUGGAGGACGACGAAGAUUUGUCGAUCCCCAACAAAAAAACCCGUCGCCUUGUACGACCUCAACUGGACGACAGCGACGAUGACUCGCAGAAGAGGUGCUCCCCUUCUUCUUUUUCUCCGGGCAACGGAGGAAGAGACCGGAACGGGGACAGACACGAAGGAGACACAGAAGGGCAAGGAAAAGCCUCUCGCCCCGCCUCCGAAACGCCUUCCCCUCAGUCUGGAUCUCCGAGGAAAGAUGCGACCGUGAAGAAGAAGAAGCGCUGGGUGAAGAGGCAAGAAAGCGAGAAAGAAGAAAGCGAGAAAGAAGAACGCGAGGAAGAAGAAAGCGAGAAAGAAGAUAGUGAGGAGGAGGCGAGUGAAGGUAAAGGAGAAGAUUCGAGGCUCAAGGACUGGAAUGCCUUUGCAGCUGAGAUGAGAGCAGAAGAAGACAGCGCAGAUGAAGUGAAGAAACGCAGGGAAAAAGGACGGAGGAGGAAGGACAAGAAGAAGAGGUUAGAGGUCCUCCGCCGCAAACUGCAGAACGACGGCAAGAAGGAGAGCAGAAAAUCGAGAAAACUCGCUGAAAGCGAAGGCGACGGCUCUGCCUCAGCAGAUGACUCUGAGGAGACUGCCGGUUCCUCCGACGACAGCGAGAAGACAAGUGCGUCGCAGUCUUCUGCCUCGUCGCUGUCGUCGGAGGACGAAGAGGACGCACUGUCGGACGACUCCGCUCUCUCCGGAAAGGGCCGAGGCAAACGGAGAGGCCAAGGUCGUGCGAAGGAGAGACACUCGCGAGGAGAAAGCGACACCGAUACGCUCGCCGGAGAGGACCUCGAAACCGCUGCAUGCACUCUCGAGGACGCUCUCGCCUGGUGUUUAGACACCAUCGUUCAGGAGGAGGAACAGGGAAAUCCUUUUGGAAGAAAAAACGUCACUCGAGAGGACAUGGCCUUUUUGCGACGCACCGAACAGCUCCGCUGGGACGACGAACUCACUCUUGGAGGCGUUAGAUCUCUGCUGGAGGCCUUCGAUUUCCAGACGCCGCGGCCUGUCGUGACACCCCAGCUGAGUGUGUUGACGAAGGAGCAGAAGUCGAUUAUUUUCCUCGAUUUUCCGAAUGAAAUGUACAAGACGGAGUAUCUGCACUUACGCGUUGUUGACUGGAGGUCGAGGCGCGUAGUUGUGGCAAACCUCGUCAAAUGCGCGACGCAGCAGCUGGCAGCCUGGCGCGAGUUCGAUCGUUGGUCGCAGGAGACGAAGCGAUUUGGUGCGACGCGAGAAGAAAAAGUCAACAAGCUGUUUCAGUGCAGAGUCGCGGAGCCUCGUGGAUUGAGGAAGCUUCAACAUCUCCUUUUGAGAGCCGAGCAGUGCGGCCUCGUGGAGAGAACCAAGUCGCUCGGUCUUCGUCGAUGUCUGAACAUUCCUGCGUCGCUCCUCUCCCAGCCUGAGCGGAGCCGAAACGGUCCAUGCAACGUCAAAAAUGAGAAGGACGAAAAGGCGCAAGUGUCUCCAGGAUCAGACAAACCUCGACCUGAGCCUCCUCGAAAUGAAAACGCACCUGUCGGUUUCCUCUCCUCCCCCUCAUCUUCCCCUCCUUCUUCCUCUUCUUCCUCUUCUUCCUCUUCUUCCUCUUCUUCCUCUUCUUCUUCCUCGUCUUCUGCUUUGCCUCCGUCCUUUCUGUCUUCCGUGUUUGGGGAGAGUGCUGGAGACUCUCUCCUGCCGGGAGGAGACAGUUCUUUCUUGCUCGAGGACGGCCUGUUUCGCGACGACGCUGGAUUGUUUGACGAAGAAGACUGUCCACUCUUCGACGCCUACGACCUCUCCAGUCGGUGGAGUGUCUCGGCCGACACGAGACCGGCAGGAGGCUGGGGGGCUCUCAAACGAUCUGUCAACGAGGGAAGCGGAAAUGGAAAAGCCGUGAAAAGUCGUGACCAAAUUGCAAGGGAAGUGGAAGACAUGAAGCUGCGAGAGAAAGAGUUGAAGAGACAGCGACGGGAGAGACGAGACGAAGAGAAGAAAGAUGCGCGCAGACAGGCGAUAAAACAUCAGUGGAGAGAACUUCAACGCAUCGCCAGAUGCACACACGAAGGACCACGCUUCCACCAUCCUCGCGAGGAGGAACAUGUGAAAGGACAGGAAGAAUACACCUCCAGAUACCGAGUUUUCGCUCGAGAAGAACUGGUGUACAUUCGACCGCCUCAAGAGGUGCAGAACAAUCCGCGCGAGGCGCUUGAUCUCUACCUUGCGCAGCUGCGCCGCAUGCGUCAACUCAUGGAGACUCCUCACAAACUGAAAUUGGCGGCGAAAUUCGGCCUCGUCGCGCUUCAGGCGAGCUCGGACUCUCUGGAGGCGCCGGCCGUCAAACGUCUGAGAGCAACCACACCCUGGCUGUCAGCGAGCGAAGAGGACGCGAAAGAACGAGACGAGCAGGAAAACGCGUGGAAAGCGAUGGCGUCUGCCAUCGGCCAAGAACCUUGGCAAAUACCACAGCACUUCAUUCCGGUGUCGAUCCAGCCACAGUGGCGCGAGAAGAAGAGACAGGAAGAAGAGGAGCAGAAACGCAGAGAAGAACAACGAGCAGAAGAAAAAAGAAAAAGCGAACUCGCUGCUGCUCUCGACAAUCCCAGAAGCCGCAGCAACAGUCCCGUCAAAGUGAAACUCUCCACACCUUCCUUGUCUUCUUCCUCUUCUUCCUCUGCUUCGAUUUCAUCUCCUUUGAGUUCGAGGAAAAGAGACAAGAGUUCUGUUCUCGCAGGUGCCUCUCCUCCAGCCUCUCGCCGCGGUUUAUCUUCGGAGAAUCCCACCGCCCUCGCUACGCCUCAGAGCAAGAAAAGGAGCCUAGUAAGAAGACACAGCUUUGAAGACAUUGCUUCUUCCUCCUCUUCCUCCUCUUCCUCUUCUUCCUCCUCUUCCUCUUCUUCCUCUGCUUCUCCAGAGCAAAGGGGGCUAGUUUCGGCUGCAGGCGAGGCGGCUGAGGAGAGAACAGAGAGUCCUUCGUCUGCGAGGUUGACAGAGAAGAGAAAAGGCGAGAGAGAGGAAGAGGUAACGGAGAACGCACAACGCGAGGCAAAGACGGCAGAAUUUCUCGCAGAGGAGGGAGAAAAGACAAGGACUUCUCGCGUCGACCAAGAAGAAAGCAAUUCGCCGUCGCCACUCCGAGGGAUGGACGGAGGCCGUGGACAGAAAGCGACGAUGGAGGAGAGAAAUCCAGAAGAAACUGAGACCCGUGAGGAAGACGUAACACACGUCGCAGCAGCGGACAGCUCAACGCAGAGCUUUCUUCGCGUUCCCGAAGCGGCCUCUCCAAAUUCCACUCCCUCUUCUCUCUCCAAUUCUGCUUCUUCUCUCUCCAAUUCUUCUUCUUCUUCUCUCUCCAAUUCUUCUUCUUCUCUCUCCAAUUCUUCUUCUUCUCUCUCCAAUUCUUCUUCUUCUCUCUCCAAUUCUUCUUCUUCUCUCUCCAAUUCUUCUUCUUCUCUCUCCAAUUCUUCUUCUUCUCUCUCCAAUUCUUCUUCUUCUCUCUCCAAUUCUUCUUCUCUCUCCAGUUCUUCUUCUUCUCUCUCCAGUUCUUCUUCUUCUCUCUCCAAUUCUUCUUCUUCUCUCUCCAAUUCUUCUUCUUCUCUCUCCAAUUCUUCUUCUCUCUCCAGUUCUUCUUCUUCUCUCUCCAGUUCUUCUUCUUCGCUCUCCAAUUCUUCUUCUUCUCUCUCCAAUUCUUCUUCUUCUCUCUCCAAUUCUGCUUCUUCUCUGUCCAGUUCUUCUUCUUCGUCUUCCUCUUCUUCGGGGACUGCUCGGUGCGCGUUUGCCAAGGAGAGAGGUCCUCGGCAGAUGAAACUGACGGAACUCUUUCGUUUUACACUCGACAGAGCAAGGAAGAAGAAUUUCGCUCUCCCCUCCCGCGCGUCCCUGCUGGCCAGCUUGAGCGGCCCAAACACCACGCGCGCCUCCUUCGACCCGGGCGCCAUGUUGGACGACGACGGCGAGGCCCUGUCAAAGCAACUGAAGAAGAGGAAGAACAAGAGACGUCUGAUGACGGACGAGGACGAAGAGCGCGAAGCGAGCGGCUCAGGCCGAGAAGGCGACAUGGCAACUGAGCAAGAACGCUCGAGACAAAGCACAGACUCGGCUGGCGAAAGAGAACAGAAGAAGCGAAAGCUUGCAAUGGAAGACAGCGAAGAAGCGCCAGAGCACGAAGAACGAGAAGGAGAGAAAGACGAGGGAGAGAAAGAAGAAGGAGAGAAAAAGGAAGAGAACGAAGAGAAGGAAGAAAGUAAAACCGAGAAGACGUCGUUCGCGCGUCGGCUUCUGGACGAGGCGCGCUUAGCGCGGAAGAAGGAACGAAGACGGCAAAUGAAGGAGUUAAUCAAGCAAAUGACGGAGUUCGAGGCAGAGGAAAACGACGAAGAACUCGAGGGAGACGAAGAAUACAAGUCCGCGCUCGCAGAACUCCGAAGUCGACUGAUGGAACAGGACGAAGAAGAGAUGACGGACAGUGAUGACGAAGACGAAGAGUUUCUCGAGGGUCUGUUUGCCGCCAAGGAGGACGAAGCGUUCGAUGCAGAGGUCGAAGACACUGAGGCUAUGCAAAGGAAACUACGCCACGAUUUAGAAGAAAGAGAGGAUAAAAUCUACGAGAGGCUCAUAGGCCGCUUCCAAAAGGGUGGUGCCAGCGCCGUGGAGUUGACGGAGGCCGAGCGACGCGAACUUGAGGAGGAAGAGAGAAGACGCCGCGAGCGUCUGCAGCGCAAGAAGCGCGGAGACGAGCACUUGGCGGGCAUCGAACUCGACGACUGGUUGUCGGACGACAGCGAAGACAGCUCGUCUUCAUCGGAGGCGGAGUCUGAGGACGACAACGCCUCUGCCGCUGCGUUCUCCUCCCAUGUUUCCACAUGGUCCUCCCUAGACAAAGGUCCUCCACCUCUCUCUCUUCUCUCUUCUUCUCUCCCUUCUCUUUCUUCUUCUCUCCCUUCUCUCUCUUCUCCUCUCGUCAAUCCUUCGCUGCUGGUCGCGCAGUGCAGGCAGAACGCAGAGAGGAGAAAGAAGAUCCUGGAGAGGAGAGAGAAGAAGAGAAGUGGAGAGGCCGAGAAAGCCGCAGAGCAAGGUCGCAAGGCUGGCGGACGCUCGGGAAACAGCAGUCCCCGGAGACAGCUUGGCGCAGGUCGCAGCGACCGACGAGAUGAAGGCUUCGAUGGAAAAGAAAAUCGAGAGCGAGACGGAGAGAAGAGAAACCGAGAGCGAGCCAGAGAGAAGAGAAACCGAGAUGCGGGGCUUGGAUUGGAGAAGCGAGACUCAGGUCUGUUGUCUGCGGGUACAGUCGAGAGAGAGAAAAAGAAAGAGAAAUCUGCGGGUCCGCUUUCCUCUUCCAGGACCUCGCAUGCGACGAAAACCAGUGGUUCCCUCAAGGCGCGCAUGUCCAGCGCAGGAGGCUCGUUUUUCUCUUCUUUCGGCUCAUUCGGUUUGAACAGUUAUUCAUGCAGCGUCCGAUUUACGGACGACGACAGCUUUGGAGUUCGAGGAGAUUUCGACAACAGUUUCAGUGGAAGAGGACUGCAGGCCGGACUGCCGCCUCGCGGCGCGGCUUCCAGUGCGACGAGACCGCGGAGUCCAAGCGAGCGCAGUUCUCUCAAGGGUGAGAAGCGCAAGUCGACAGGUUUUGCUGGGCUGCUCAAACGGUGAUCGAGGCAGAUGUGUGACAGCGAUGGCGCAUGCGAGAGAGAAAGGAGGGACAAGAGAUCUCUCGAAAUGUGAAACGCGGAAAAAAGCGGAAAACAAAUCGACAGCGAAACUCUCCGACGUGCUCCAGUGGAUGCAUGCAGAAAGCGUGACGUCAGAGAAAAUUUGAAACGAGAAUCGAAUUCGGGUGUCGCUUCCUCCACAAACGUGGAAGAGUGCAAGAAACGAGACAAAAGCAAAGGAGUUCUUCUCGG